GAUGAACACAUCCGUCAUACGCCGCCAUUUGCGAAAGACCGAUCGCUGCCUGAGCAGCGCGAGUGUCAUCGGGCUUGAUUAUGUCGAGUGUAUAAAUUGUGACUUUACGACAAAACCGUGAACUCAGUGCUGGAAUAUAAUCAGUUAUAAUGAUUGUGAGAUUCUUAAGCGUUCUGUGCGUCGGAGUUUUGGUGGCUUCGGUGCACGGCGCUGAGGGAAACAACGACAAUGAAGACGUCCCGUACCUGGAGCUGGCUGAGCCGGAGGAGGGCUACCAUGGGCUGAUCCGCGAGAACGAGACCUUGGUAGAGGUGACGCCGCCGAUCCGCGCGCGCGGACCGCUCUGCUCGUUCCUCAUACUCAACAACAAGCACCAUGGGGAGGCGCCUUUCGAGAUCAUGGUAAUAGACGAGAACGAAGCGCGUCUGCGCGUGCGCUACCCUCUCAACUGCGAGAAACGACGCAACUAUAAGUUCGACAUCGCCGCCGUCGGCUGCGACGGAUCAUAUUCUAACACCGUGCCAGUCCACAUCACAGUCAUGGACGUGAACGAAUAUCCGCCAGUCUUCGGCCAGGCGUCAUACGUGAAGGCGGUGGACGAGGGGCGCAUAUACGAGGAGAUCCUGCGCGUCGACGCCACUGACAAGGACUGCACGCCGCGCUACGGCGACGUGUGCAAAUACGAGAUCAUCACGGACAAGAGCCAGCCCUUCGCCAUUAAUGACGACGGAGUGAUCCGCAACACGGAGCCCCUGGACUACGAGAAGUCCCACAACCACAUCCUGUCGGUAGUGGCAUACGACUGCGGCAUGAUGCAAUCGGCGCCCGUGAUGGUCACCAUCAAGGUCAACAAGCCCUGCAGGCCGGGAUGGAAAGGCGUGGCCGAGCGCGUGGACUACGCCCCUGGCUCCGGCCCCCUGGCUCUGUUCCCUGCAGCGCGGCUGGAGACCUGCCAGUCGGACGAGCGGUGUCCCGGCGUGACACGCAUCCAGGCGGCCGUCACGCUGCAGGCGUCACGCGCCGGCACCGGCUGCGACCGCGAUACUUACUCGCUGCACGCGCAGAGGACUAUCUGUGGAUUGGACCCGAAGACCAUCGACCUGCUGCCGAGCCCAGGAGCCGGCAACGAAUGGACCAAGUCCUUGAAACCUGACUCCGGUCGUGACGGCGAGCAGAUGUUCGAGUUCGACGGCGAGACGACGUCGGCGGUGGUGCCGGAGAGCGUGCUCGGCCACUCGCUGUCGGGCACCUUCGGCGUCUCCACGUGGAUGCGCCACGCGCCGCCCGCCGACGGAGACAAGCACAAGAAGGAGCACGUGCUGUGUCUCGCGGAUGACCACAAAAUGAACCGCCACCACUACGCGCUGUUCGUGCGCAACUGCCGGCUGAUCCUGCUGCUGCGCCGCGACUUCGGCGAGGGAGACCUCAACAUAUUCCGACCGGCCGAGUGGCGCUGGAAGCUGCCCGAGGUGUGCGACAACGAAUGGCAUCACUACGCGGUGAACGUGCGGUUCCCGAACGUGGAACUGUACGUGGACGGCGAGCUGUACCGCGCGCCCGACGGCAAGGGACCCGAGGUCAUCGACGACUGGCCGCUCCACCCCGCGCACGGCAUCAACACCACGCUCGUCGUCGGCGCCUGCUGGCAAGGCACGGAGAGCGAGACGAAGCACGGGCUGGUGGGGUGGCUGGCGGGGCUGGGCGUGGUGCGCGGCGCGGUGCAGGCGGCGCGCGCGCUGGCGUGCGUGGCGCGCUGUCGCGAGGGGCUGAGCCUGGCGCCCGAGCUGUACCUGCGCGCCGUGUCCGUGCAGGCCGACGGCGUGGCCGACGUGGAGACGCUGCUGCGCCGCGUGGCGUACGGCGACGCGCGCGCCUUCCCCACGCCCGGCCGCCGCAACGUGCACCUCGACACCACCGUCACGUGCGACAACGGCCGCGUGCUGAAGGCGCGCCCGGCCGAGGCCUACGUCAUGGUGCUGGCGCCGCAGACGCCCAGCAUCCUGCUCAACGGCAGCGCCGAGGUGUCGCGCGACUACGCGCACUUCCGCGCCGGCCUGCCCGUGUUCCCCGACCUCGACGUCAGGGUCUCCUCCGCGCCCGACGCGCCGCCGCUCGACGAAGAGAGCCAGAAGCUGGACUCGUGCGUGGUGUCGGUGUACCCGGCGCUGAACCCCGACCACGAGGCGCUGUCGCUGGCGGGCGCGGGCUCGCUGCCGCUGCGCUACGACAUCCGCGCCGCCGUCACCCGCGACGGCGUCAUCCUCACCGGCGCCGACACCGUGCACAACUACCGACAGGUGCUGCGCGAGAUCGAGUACAGCAACAAGAAGCCGGCGUACUACCUGAACCGCGUGUUCAAACUGACCUGCUCCGAGCUCAACGGACGCUUCACCAGCAAUGAAUACGUGCAGACGCUGACGGUGGUGCACCCGCACAUGGCGGGCGGCGGCGAGGCGGGGCUCUCCCGCGAGCUGCACCCCAGCGGCAUGGCCGACAAGGCAGACGUCGCACGCGACUCACAGUGGGAGGGUGGCGCGCGUCGUGUGGUGCAGCCGCGCGCCUUCGCGGCGCAUGCGCAGCGCGACAUGCACGCUGCCGACAUGCCUGCGCCACGUCUUCACGAUAUACACGCGCAGCACCCUGCCAACAACCACGUGGCGCUGGUGAUCGGCGUGGUGUCGUGCGGCGCGCUGGUGUGCGUGGGCGCGCUGGCGCUGGUGCGCGCGCGCGCGGCGCGGCGCCCGUGCGUGUCGCGCGCGCCGCCCGCCGCCCGCGCGCGCGCCCUUCGCGCCGACCCCGAGAUGACCUGGGACGACUCCGCGCUCACCAUCACCGUCAACCCCAUGGAUGAGGCCCCGCCGACAUGCGGCACUAACGCGAACGCGGCGGACAGCUCGGAGGACAGCUCCGACUCGGAAUUCGGCUGGCAUUCGUCCGACGACGAAGAAGAACCGACACCGGACAAGCAGCACAAGUACAGAAACAUCAGCCAGCUGGAGUGGGACAACAGCACGAUGUAACGUGUGCGCGCACCCGCGGUCCGUACUUAACCCGACUGUCGCCAUCCCGCUCGCACCCGCGCGCCCGCACCGCCCCUCUCGCUCGCACGCGCGGCGCCUACCCCCCUCUACUGUGACGUUUCAUACCAUACGAUAUUUUACAAUACGAUUUGUCGUCCGAUUUAAACAUUCCGUUAUGUGGAUAUUCCAGCCUGAGUGCUACAUGGAUGGGAAUGUGUUGAUAUUGUUAAUGUGGAUAUUUUUAUGUAUGUAAUAUUUUUUUAUUGUCCUAAGUGCAGGACACGGGACAUUGUGACUUGGUUUUUAUGGUGACUAUGAAGUUACAGAUUUUUCUGUAUUUAAUUUUUACGUACACACGCCAACCGACGGCAGCUAUAAAGUGCAGCUUACUGUAACAAAAUCGAUGCAUUCCCAAACAUAGGUACAAAGAAACGUCACUUCAAAACUAUAUUUAGUACAUUAAACCGGAAUUGAUUUUGAAAACUUUGUGUCCUGUCGGUAAAUAACUUAGUGUAUUAUAACGCUUCAGCACAAACACGCGUGGCACAAAUGUUCGCGGCGACGACGUGCGGCGGACACGACUUUACUGCACGAUUUUAUAUGUUUUUAUAUCGGACAGUUGAAUGUCACCAGAAGAUCUUGUGCGGGAUAGAGUUUAGGACAAAAGUGGUAAGAACAUACAAGGAUAAAUAACAUAUCGAACAUUUGAAGAUCGUAUUGGUAAAAAUCGGAUGGGCGAUAGAUCUAUGAUAUUAAAUAUAAAGUUUGGUAUAUCAUUGCCUAAUCAUGUAAGCAGGUACAGACUCUAUUCGGCACAGGAUUUCCUGUAAAUAAAUUCUACAGAGAGUGUAUAAUAUUCGAUUUAAACCCCAUAAAUGUUUUGGUUGCGCGUCCGUCGCGAGUCGUCCCAGAGCGUUCGUAGUUUUAACUGUAAGUCUCAAAAAUAAAUCAUAUCAAUUUAUACGUAAACGGUUUUACUGGUCGCUUGCUUACGUAGUGACGUGUUCCGGCCAUAGCUCCCUUCGUUCCACGAGAGUCGCAUCAAAUCUAACGCAGUAGUUAAUUUCUUACGACGUCGAUAAUAAGGUAUAGAAUAAGUGAACACUAUCAUUGUAUAUUACUAUACUAAGGGUAUAUAUGCUUGUCACUUGAUAACUUCAAAAUGGCGUCCAUUCCCGUUCCGUUCCUACGUACGUAGACGCAUCCGGGCGCUUCGCAUUUUACGUUCAAAUACCGGCAUUUAUGUUACAGUACAAACCUAACUUGGUAGAUGUUAAAUUGUCGUUAGACGAAAUAUAUGUCCAGAUUUAUGGAAAACCCUUUACGAGCUUCUCGACAAACGGCUUAAAUGUACAUUAGGCACAGAGUUAUUUGAGAAAUAAAAAAAAUAAAAAUAAAAAAUAAAUAUUAUGUACGAUAUACACACUAUACAGAUAUCGGUUUAGGAUCAGCUACUUAUAACUAUAUUAUAUAUAUAUUUUGAAUGCGUUAAGGGAUUUUUACUAACAAUUAGGUACUAAGCUAUGUGUUCGUCGGUGACGUGCAAGGGAAAUGGCAAAAAGACGCGUCGACGCAUAGGAGUAAGUGUAGGUAGGUGGUUCCCUCUUCUGUUCUCUUCCUGUACGCUGUUUUGUGUCGUUGAAGCGGGGCGGGCGACAUAGCGAUAGCGAAUAACGACGCCGCCGCAGUCGCCGCCCUGUUUCAUCCGAGAAUCAUAUCAAUAUUUUGCCAUAUUAGUGUAUAGCGUAAAUGUUUUUUAAGUGGAACACUGACUAUACAAACGUUAAGCAAUCAUUGUGGACAUAAUCAUUGGUGUAUCUCUUAUAGUUGGUCGUGGUGUGUUAUUCUCUCUCUCGAGCUGAGUACUGUUUGGUUGGAAAUAUAUUUUUGUGCCCUUUCGCUGUGUCACCUGUGACAGAUUUCAAUGCCUUCAUUUUUACCACACGGUAGUACAUUUUUAUUUACAUUUGUGACGAUAUCGAUUAAUCGAUAUUGGAAUCGAUAUUUCGAAUGCUAUCUGUUAUCACUAACUGUCUAAUCUUACUAACUUCUUGACUAUCUUCAAAGCUACUAAUUGAGAUAACGAUUAACUGUCACGUUGACAGCUGUCACGGUGACGCGACGGGCCGCGGCGCGCUGUGUGUCGGUAGUGGUGGCGUGACGUUGUUCCGUGCCUGCGCCCGCGCCGGCCGCACAGCGCGUCGCUAUCGUUUUCGUUGGCAUUGUUGUUUUGUUAAUUUCACUCGACAACCGUCCAAUGACCAUUUCCCCUUUAUAAUUUUAAGAUCUGAAUAUCUUGGAUGGCUCAAAGGAAGCACAAAUGCCGCCGUUGCGUAUCAUGUUUUAUUGAAACCCUGAAGUAUUAAGUGGUUGCUAUUAUUAUUUUGUAUUAUGUAUGAAAUAAUUAUUUUUCCCUUUUAUUAUUUUCUUAUUACGGUAUUAUUAUUAUGAUUAGGAAACUUCUUUGAUGUAUGAAUUAUUAUAUUUUAGCUAAAAAUAAAGUUGGUUUAAAAUACGA